UAAACUAACAUUUUUGUUUGUUUUGGUAUUAGUCACUAGGUUUCCUUUAUACGCUUUGGUCAUUUGUGAUUCUUUAUCACUAUCAGUAACGUAUUAAUUUCUAAAAUGAGUUAUAAUCAGUAAACAAAUGUAUUAAAAACAUUGACAGGCCUAAAGUAUUAAAUACAAUAUUGUUGUUUUCUUCGGUUUUUGUGAUUCUGUUUCUUAAUUUUAUAUGGUGAAUGUUGGGGUUCUUGAGUAAUACAUUUUCUUUAGUUUGGUUAUUUGUUACGAUGUUGAGGCAUUCAGAAUAGGCUUGUAUUAUAGUAUUAAUCUGUUGAUGUGGGAGAGGAUUGACACCAGAUGACAGUGCAGAGCAAAAUUCUGAUUUAAUUCAAAGCACCCUUUUUGUUUGAGACACUGCAGAGUACACUGGCAACAGAAAGUCAACUCAUAUUGAGAAGGGUCUGAAAAUGAUGCAGCCAGCUGACAUGCAAUCACUACCAGAGGAGUUGGUGGAGAUGAUAGCACAUCGAUUGUCAGUGAGGGACCUGACACGAUGUUGUACAGUUAGUCGUAGUUGGCGGGAGAUUUUUGGACAAGACCGACUAUGGCAGCCCCACUGUGAGGUGGACCUGGCAGAUUACCUUGCAGGCUGUAAAAGCAGGGUGAAGCCUCGCUUCGUAUCUCCGGAGACCAAUGAGUCCACUCUGAGUGAGAUUGGAACGUGGCGGCUCUGCUACAUGCGGCAGACCCAUCUGCGUAAUAACUGGAACAAGGGUAACUACCAAGAAUGUAGAGGAUUUUACAAUGAUUCGGACCUUGAUUACGUCUUCAAGCGUAUAUUCUACAAAAAAAAUUAUAUUCUAGAGUUCAAAGAAGAGAAGAUUGUGGUCUGGGAUGUCCGAAGGAUUCCGGUAGUAUAUGGAGAUAUCCCUUAUCAAUUGAGUGCCAACCCGGAAAUUGGUGUUUUUGAAGUGAUUGGCAGUAAUAAAAUUGUGGUUCUCCAAGACACAUUAGUAGUUGUUUACAGCUUGAAUUUGAAAAGAAAAUCUUUGCGGGUUGUGCACAUGUUUUUAUUCCAGACUUCUGAAAAAUUAGCUGGCACAGAUGAAGAGUUGUAUGAUUUAAUUGUAGAAGAACGGAAAUAUGUCCGUGUUGAAUGUACGGUUGUCCGUAACAUUCUUGUGGGAAUUGUCAAAGAGGAGAAGCCUCUAAGGGUGCACAUUUGGAAUGUUGAGACAGGAGAAAAAUUGAAGGAACAAAGUUUUCCUUGUAGUGACAGUUUAACAAUUUCUUCCUUCAGCCAAAACAACAAAACAUUAAAUAUACUUUUUGACUUGGGAGAGGAGAUUGAUGAGCAAACAAUUGUACAUCAUUAUGUUUACAACCUCACCAUGCUUGCAUUCUACCCUUUCCACAUAAAACACCAAAUCCGCAAUGUUUAUAGAACAUACCUGAGCCAAGAAUUUUACAGCAUUUUAUGUGACAAGUUUGUCGCCAUAUGGGUGAACAACACGUUAUACGUGUAUAAUCUUUUGUCUGAAUUGAUAUAUACCCAUGAUUACCCAUGUGAAGCCUCAUUAUAUAGAUCUUUAUGGUGCAGUCAGGAUAAUAUUAUUGUUAAAAUGGAUAGUGUAAUCUCAGUUGUCAACCCCCAUUCCAAAUCAGUUGAGGCACAGUUUUGUUUGAGGAAAUACAACCAACCUUUGACAAAUGUAAUUAAUGGGCGUGCUAUUGCUGUAUAUAAGAUUAAUAAAACUAAAGUUUAUAUUGGUCUGGAACAGGAAGGUGGAGACAAGGACAAAGGGUGCGUUUCAAUCCCAUUAUACUACUUUACCACAGCCAUCCUCUUGUUGGUAAACAACUAUGGUACUAAAGUCAUGCUGAAGGAAGAUAAAAACAUGGUUGUUGUGAACUUCUGGUAAGGUGAAACGAUCUGAUAGUAGAACUCAACCAAGUUGUUAUUUAUUUGUUUUUUUAAUUUUGACAACUCUUGUACGAAGAAAAUUCUGGGAGGGAUAAUUGAUUGAUGUAAAGCUGUGUUUUAAAAACAUUAUCAAUGAAUUCGUAUACCUAUUUUCUGGGUGCACAAUUCAUUUGUAUUAGGUUUAUAAAUCAGUAUUUAAUUUUUAUGCAUACCUACUUGCAUAGCAGUGGAAACGGACACUUUUGGAAUUUUUAAAUGCCACAACUGUAUCUCCAAAAAUUUGUUUUUAUCUCAGAAAUCUAGAUCAGAAACAUUUUUAACAAGGUUCAGAUAAGAUAUCACGUUAUUCUUACUAAUCUACUAUAGAUUAAGAAAUUACACAAAUGUGUAUAUGCUGACAUUUAAUGCAGUUUUAUAUUGAAAUUUAAUGCAGUCAACUUACACUCAACAUUUACUUUGGAAUGUUACACAUUUGAAGAUCAAUUAUUACCAAGUAUUACCUUGUUAAGGUGAAAACUAUUCAGCAAGUAUAUUGUAGCAGCUAAAGAUUUUAUACAGGUCCCUGCCUUUGAAAGUAUUUUUAUUAAUGACUAUUAAAAUAGUCACCAUUUUCUUUAAACAGUAUUUGUAAACUAUUAUUGUGAAUGUAUUUCUGAACCUUUCUAUUUAUAUUACUGCACUGGAUUAUUUAAAUGUUACUUUUUGGAAAUAUCUCUAAUUUAUAUUAUUUUAAAUUGAAUUUAUUUAUCAAUGGAUAAAGCACAUUUUUCUGGAAGAGCAGCUAUGUAAACUGAUCAAGUUUAUGUUUUAGUAAAGGAGGAAAAAUGUGUUGCCGUCCAUGAACUUGUUACAGAGGUUGGAAUAAGUUUAUUCACUUUUAUUGGCUUAGGAAAAUGCGUCUUUACUUUUUGCCCAAACUAGAACCAUCUUGUUAUUUCAGGUUUUAAAGCUAUCUGAAACAGCACCACGUUGUUUCCAAUCAUGCUCUCACUUGAAUUACUUGCAAGACUUGCUCCCAAAAGUAGUUGAUAAACUAGCCUAUUUUGUCCUUUCCCUACCAUAUAACUUACUUACCUCAUGAGCCAGGCUCUUGGGUGGUUGCUCAGCCGCCAAUCCAUGUUUAGACAUUUUACAGUGUUUUACAUAACGACAGCAGAAUACUGAUUUACAUUUAGCGAUAUGAGGCAUUUUGUGUAUCAGCUGUGAAAGGGUGAAGAGGGUCUCUGGUUAAAAUACGAGUAAGCUAUUUUUACAUGAAAAAAUAAAGUUUUAAAUACAAUAAACAGAUACCUUUUGAGUAGACAGUAUUUCCAACUAACAAAACAAGUGAUGAAAUAAGAUUUUAGGGUCUUUUGGUUUAAGGGUUACUUUCUGUUGAUUUAAUAUUUCAGUGCCUUCCAACUGUUCUAAUAGAUAAUUUGUUACGAUUUUUUCUAUGCUACAAUAGAAUUUCAUUGUUAAAUAAUCAAGAAAUCUUUCAUUUUCCAAUCAUGUUUUGGCUGUGGAUGCUAUUCAUCAAAGUUAUGUGCUUUUCAACUUUUAUUUAGUAAUGGUGUGCGCACCACUUAUACUCAGAUUUUAAUAUUCAGUUUUCUGCAGAAGUGAGAGAUGAACUACAAUAAUUUAUCACUACAAAUAGUCCAGUUUGUGGCUACUUUACGUUGUUGUUGAGCUGCCCUUAUAGUGGCUUAGCACCAGCUUGUACUGUAACCAUCACUUUGUUUUGGAUUGCAUUUAUUCACAUUGCACAGUAAUGUUCCUUCAUUCAUUAGAAGAACAAAAUAGGUCUUUCUAUCCUGUAUUUUUUCUGGCAAUGGUACAUUGUCUGUAGAGCAUAGCAGAAGUAAAAAAUGUUAAUUUUCAUUGUUAUGUCCAACCGAAUUCGUUUGUCUUUACUGAAAUGCCGUUAUAAUCUGGGAGCCUAGAAACAAUGUGCAUUGCAUAAGCAAACAACCUGGUUUUUCUUGAAACCUGUAGACGAUUUUUUUUAAAGAAAUUGAUUGCCAGCCGCUCUAAUUUAGGUGGAGGUCAAAGUG